CUCAAACAAGCCAAAAAAAAAUUGCAUUUGAGUCAUUAGAUGUUAACAUGAGCCAGAUGAAAAUAAGAUACUUUAAAUCUGCUUGGGUCAAAUCUCAAAAGGAAGAAGGAUUUAAAAUUUUUUAGACUAUUGUCAUCAACUACCACUUAUCACCUGUGCGUCACCUUUGGAGGCUGUUAAAAUUAUAAUGAUUCAUUAUUGUUGCUGGAAUGAGAGUUUAAAAGUGAACUGAGAGCAUCUAGGAUUUGAACUGCUGUCUGAUUUUUAUGGUGCACUAUAUCUUUAAGUUAAGUCUGGUUACAUAACUGGCUUAUUAUUAAGUAUUUUAUUUUUGUUAGUCGAAGUGCACUCAAAAACUGUUAUAACAGGCAGCAGGGGCAUCAGAUCUGUGCAUAGUAGCAGCUAGGUGUGGGCUUUGCGUGUCCACCUCAGUGACCGGUGUGGCCUCAGCUGGCACACAUCCGCACAACUUAUUGCCGAGUCAUCGGGACAGACACGCAGCCCGCGUCGGGACGGUGCGCUCCUGCUCUGCACCGUGUUUAAAGCCCCGCGGGCCGGACAAGUGAUGUCGGCAGCAGUGAAAGACGAAACACCGAGACACCGCCGCAGGGCUGAAAGGAUCCACGUUACCGUCACAAGUGUCACGGAGAGCAGAGACUUCAUCGUUAGAGGAGACUGCACCGUCAGACAGUUUAAAUGGGGUCUGUCAGAGCACCUGGGAGCCUCAGCAGAGAUGCUGGUCCUGAUCCACUCCAGUCGAGUCCUCAAAGACUCUGAACCCUUGAGUCACCUUAAAGGACUAAAUGGGUCGGUACGCCUCAGCAUGAUCCAAAGGCCUCAGCAUUCAUCUGCUCCACCUCCCACUGACCCAGACCUCCACCCUGAACCGGAUAACAUCACACCUUCCCCUACUUCUCCUCUCUGCCUGGUAGAAGGUCUGGACAGCCUUGUCCUUGAAGACAGCGGGACUAGCUUCUUCCCGGAGCUCCAGCGCCAGAUGGAGAACAGAUUGCUGGCUGACCCAGAAAUGAUGCAUCGUCUCCUGGGCAGCCCCUUUGUGCAGAGCACCCUCUCCACCUCUAGCCCUCAACUUAUCAGAAAGCUCAUUCUGUCUAAUCCCCAAAUUCAGCAGCUCCUGCAAACAAACCCAGAAGUGGAAGAUAUGCUUAACGACAAAGAUGUCAUAACACAGUUGCUGGAGCUCAUCAAGAACCCUGACAUGAUAGAAGAAAUGAUGAACAAUGAGGACAAAGCUUUAGAAAAUUUGCAGUCAGAGCAGGAAAAUCCUGAAGUCAUUACUGACCCAGAAGCAAAAUUACAGAAGGUAGGAGCAUCUGCAUCGGUGACUACAUCACCCAGAAAUCACCACAUACUGGAGGGUGAAUCCAAUCAGACGUUCUCUGGUCACUCGACAGAUCCUCUCAGUGAACUGACUGCCACAUCCAGAGCUAGGUCAAACUCUCAAAGCAGCAUCACAGCAGGCAUGAGCUUUAUGCUUGAGGCAUUCUUAGGUUAUAUGUUUUUAAAUGUGUUAAAUAUUUUAAAGAUAUCAUUGAACUGCUUUUUAAAAUAUUCUAUUAAUGGCUUCCUGCUUCGCAUGCAGUCACUGCUAGAAGAGAUCACUGCCAGUCCAGGUCUAUUGGAGAACCUGCUGUCUGGGCCAUACGUCAGCAGUCUUUUAAACUGCCUUAGCCAGAACCCUGACCUGGCUGCACAGAUGCUUCUGAGCCACCCUUUGUUGGCUGGAAAUCCUCAGCUGCAGCAGCAAAUGAGAAAGCAGAUCCCCGUCUUUCUGCAGCAGAUGCAGGCUCCAGAGCUGCUCUCGGCCAUGUUGAACCCCAGAGCCAUGGAGGCUCUGUUGCAGAUCCAACAGGGCUUGCAUACUCUGGCUGCAGAGGCUCCAGCUCUCAUACCUGCGAAUGCUCUCGGAAACACUGGAACAGGUAUCGGUGCCGCUUCUGAGCAUCCAUCUGACUCCAUUCCGAACAGCCAAUCAGGAAGCGGCCAACAGGCUGCUUCAGCGACAGAGCAGCAGCAGCAGUUUGUACAGCAGAUGCUACAGGCCCUGGCUAACACUAAUAACGAGGUCCAUCACACAGAGAGAGAGUUCAAGGAGGAGCUGGAGCAGCUGAGCUCAAUGGGCUUCAGAGAUGGGAAGGCGAACCUUCAGGCCCUCAUCAGCACAGGAGGAGAUCUCACCACUGCUAUACAACACCUGCUCAGUCUCUGACACGUAUUCAUCCGUGCACAUAUACACUGCAAAAGAUAAAAACAUAAGAGAAUAAAAAGCCAUACUUACUUGAUGCACUUUCAAAAACUAACUUAUAUCACACACAUAAUGUUAAACUCUGUUUGUUGUCCUACACUUACACUUUAAACUUCAGUCAAACAAAUUAAAGGUCUGAGGAUGGUGAGCGCUGUAUGCAUUUAUGAUAUUGAGGUAUACAGGUACAUGUAAAACUGACUGAGAAGUGAGACAACAGGAGGAUUUUUACAUCCUUAUUGUCCUUGAAGUGUGAGUGUGUGGGUUAAUAUUAGAAACAAGAGAACACAAUGCCUUUCACUGUCUUAUAUGCACCAGUCAUGGUCUGUGUAGACUCAAAAUUCCCCAAAAGUUGAGACACAAUGUAAAAUGUAAAUAACACCAGAAUACAAUGAUUUGCAAAUCUAUUAAACCCAUAUAUUAAUUUUAAAAAAUGAAAAAAAAAAAAAAAAGUUCAUUUCAUAUUUGAUGCUAUCAUCCUUCCCAAAAAAGUUGGGUCAGGGCCAUGUUUACCACUACGUAACAUCCCCCUCUUCUUUAAUCAGUCUGUAAAAAUCUGGGAACCGAGGAAACCAGCUGCUGGACUUCUGGGAGAGAAAUGUUGUGUUUCUUUGUUGUAUUUUUCACAAUCCUCCAAAUCUUUCCAGUUGGUGAAACAUCUGAAAGGCAGGCCAGUUCAGUACCCAGACUCUUCUACUGAGUCGUGCUGUUGUAAUAGAUACAGUCUGCAUUAGCACUGUGUUGCUGAAAUAGAAAAGCUGUCAUCUGGAUGGAGCAUACGCGUCUCUAGAACCUCUACAUACCUUUCAGUGUUGAUGGUGAAUUUUUAGAUUUGCAAACUUCCUAUUCCUACACACUGAUGCACUCAAGUAUCAUCAGUCAUUAUUGAACUGAAUGGCGAUAACAAGCCAGAUAGUUUUAGACAGUUUUCAGCGUCCGUAUUUUCCAGAAUUUCAAAAAAAUUUUCUGUGGUCAUUUUUGUGACCACAGAAAAAAUUUCCACGUUGUCCAUUUUAGACGAGCUUUGAGAAAAUGGCAUGGAUCUGGAUCACUGUUUACAUGCGGCUUCUUUGUUGCAUUUAACCUGCAUGGUGAACUGUGUUCACAGACAAUAAUUACUGGAAGUGUUCCUGAUCACAUGCAGGGAUUUCCAACACAGAAUCAUGUCUGUUUUUAAUGCAGUCCAGAUUUUUUAGAAUUUUUUUUUUUUUGGAUAAUAUUAUGACAAAAUAUUCAAAAUCUUUGCAUUGUGGGAAAGUAUCAGAAUUAUUCCACAAAUUGUAAACUCACUUUUUUGGUGAAUCACAGGCCACUUUUACUUCUGACAAACUCUGCCUCUCGAAGAUGCUCUUUUUAUACUCCAUCACGUUACUGACCUGUUGCAGAUGAACAAAAUCAGGUGUAAAAUGGGCAUUCAAUGUUUUGUUUUUCUUUACUAAAAUGUACUUUUCUGGUCUUCUGUUGCCCCGUCCCAACUCUUUUAAGAUGUGUUGCUGCCAUCAAAUUCAAAAUGAGCUCAUAUUUUUCCAGAAAUAGUGUGCGUUUAUGAGAUUUGCAUAUUAUUGCAUUCUGUUGUUAUCUACAUUUUACACAACAGCCCAACUUUUUUGGAACCAGGGUUUUUAUAGACUGUAGACAUAAAACAAUGCAAGUUUGCAGAAAUAUUCACAUUAUAUUGUUAUUAUUAUCAGAAUCGGAAUACUUUAUUGAUCCCUAGGGGAAGUUAUUUAAUCUCUCUGCUGCCACACUUUAAAGCUCAGGCCUCUUCAUGUUGCCACCUGGACAGUCUAAUGAAAGCUUUUAGCACCCUGAGACAGUCAGAUGUCCUGGAUGCACGCAGAAAAUUUGCACUCUCAUUCUCAGCCAACAGACUGAGCCAGGAGUGCAAUAUGUUCCGUGAUGUUCCCACUCUGUCUAGCUGCUACUGCGGCUUCUGCACCACAGGCUCUAAAGACCGUAAAUAAUUACAAAGUUUGUCUUCGAACGUAGACUCAGUUUCAAAAGACGUUCAAAGAAAGAAGAUGACUUCAUGCAAAGUCCAAACCUGCUUGGAGGUCAGUGUUUAUCUUGAGGUUAGACGGGUACAGAAAGUGAGGUUUGCACAGCCAAGAGAAAAACACAUCAGCCAUGAAAUGCCUGAUGUGAUGCUCUCCCUUAAGCUUGAGCUCUAUGCUGCAGUAUUUUUGCACCAUAAGGAGCAGGCUCAUUUAUCUCCUUGUGGAUUUCACGAGCAAACAACAGACUGAGCAACAUCCUUUAGACGACUCGUGGCUCUGUUGUAAACAGAACUAUUAAAUGCUGUUAUUUACUUUGAAUUCAAUUCUGUUGUUUCUCAUUUAUGUAAAUACGUGCUAUUUGUUGCUGAAUUUAUGAGGCUUUGUAUAAGAUGCGUUUCCUCCACGCCUCUGUGUUCAAAUAUAAUGUUCUGCAGUUGUUCUGCAGUAGGGUCAAACAGCAGCAUUAGUUUAGCAGGAUUUUCUGUGGCUACAAAUUGUUCUUUUUGGGUAAUAAUGUAUUAAGAAUAAGUAUGAUUAAGUAUUUAAUCCACAAAAUUGUAGAAAUGACACUCCUCAAAGCUUUUCUUUCUAAUAUCUAAACUUGCACUACCCCACUAGAAACACUAGGUGGCAUUUAGAGUCUUUUAGUAUGGCUUGUAUGAAAAUCAAUUUGAAUCUGAGAUGUAGCAAAGUAGGUCAAAGUUAACUCAUUGUUAUUCUCAUGUUAUUGCCUACAGUAUUAAAAUGUAAGCCAGAAAUCCACAUCUGCAUGCUCACCUCAGCAAGAUAUACAAACUGGGUCAAAUGUGUUAUUCCACUUACUGAAACUGUACAGAACUGAACAACAUUAAAAGAUGUCC